GACAGCGGCGCGGUCGUCGACGCAGCGUCUGCUGUACUAUUUUUAUUUUGAUAGUGAAUCAUAUUUAACAGCGGCUUAAUUUAUUCACAUAUUGUGUCUGUUAUCAAAUAAUGUUUUAAUCUAGUGAUAAACUACUUGAUGAAUAAACAUAAAUGACAUUUGAGUAUUCCUAGUUUUCGGUGCUAACCUUUUUUUCUUAAUGUUUUUGAGAUGCAAGACGUGAUCGAUAUGUGCAAGAUGUACAGGUGAACUUCGCUACUCUGAUCGAACGUGUUAUUUUUCUGAUGCGGUGGAGAUAGGUGACGGAAUGCAGGGCGGCGCCGCGCCCUCGGCGGACGACGCCGGCGAUCAAGCACAGUUCGAAGCCGACAAGCGCGCAGUCUACAAACACCCUCUAUUUCCACUCUUGGCGCUCCUCUUAGAAAGAUGUGAACAGGCCACUGCUGGGGCUGAGUCUCCGGCCGCUGACGCCUUCGGGGCGGAUCUCCAGGCCUUUGUGCAGCACCAGAGAAGGGACAGGAGGCCUUUCCUGGUCGAUGACCCGGAGAUCGAUGGGCUGAUGAUUAAAAGUAUCCAGGUACUAAGGAUUCAUUUGCUGGAGUUGGAGAAAGUUCAGGAGCUAUGUCGCGACUUUUGCGGAAGGUAUAUAGCGUGUCUGAAGACGAAGAUGCAAAGUGAGAAUUUACUUAGGACGGACUAUACUGCAGGGGGCGUGGAAAGCAAUAAUAAUCUAUCUGGGACUAUGGACGACCACUCAAGUACAUCGAAUUCGCCACAAUAUCAGUCACCUCCAUCAGUUUCGUUGCCAGCGCCAGUAUAUCCGGUAUACCCGCCGCAUACCGAACUGCCAUUCCCUGCGCAUAGAGACCCACCAUCGCUCGUGGUGCAAGGUUCGACACCGAUAAGCCAGAUCGGAGCCGGCCUUUUGUCCAAUGAUUCGUUCACUGGUGCCAACUCCAAUAACUCGUGUUCUUCGGUAUCCGGCUCCCCACCACCGGAAGAAGAUGGAGAAGAAGGGGGCAAAAGAGGAGUGCUACCACGACACGCUACUCAGGUCAUGCGAGCCUGGCUAUUCCAACAUUUGGUGCACCCUUACCCAACGGAAGAGGAGAAACGCACAUUGGCGGCGCAGACAAGGCUCACCUUGUUACAGGUGAAUAACUGGUUCAUCAACGCUCGUCGACGUAUCUUGCAGCCGAUGCUCGACUGCUCGGAUAAACCUGGUGGUAAGAAAGUAAAAAACGGCUCGUCUAUAAGCAAGAGGUAUUGGCCCGACGCGUUAACAAACCCCCAGUAUACUUCCGGUCUACUUUCGUCAUCGGACGAUGAGGAGCAGGAAGGUGAACAGUCUGGUGAUGAGAACGAACAGAAUACGGAGACGAGUGAACACUUCCCGCCAAUACAGAGCAUGCAUUGAGAUAUGGCAAGCAGCAAAGCAAUGAAAUGAAACAAGACACUGUGUAUACCAUAGAUUUUAAGUCAAGUAACAUGUAUACGUACUUUAUACCUCACUAUUUUAGAUCAUUACGCAAUACAUGGACAUUUUGUUGUUCCAAAUAUUUGUGGGUAGACAGAAAUGUCGUUCUACCUUCAUUUUUGUGCAAUACCUUUGGUGUCGUCAACUUUAUCAUCGAUUUUGUAAUUUAAGUUUGCAAUUUGUUUUUGAUUGUUGGAAAACCUUUUACAACUCUUAAUAAUGUCCCCUUUUUAAUUGCAUUUUACAAUUACAUGAUUUGUGAUGAACAAUAAAGUGUCCAUUUAUAUAUUUACAUUUUUAAUGUUUUAAAAACAGUCAUAAUAUUGUAGAUAUUAUAUUUGAUGGCAACAUUGGCAAUACUACUACUAUUAUCACCUUAAAAGUGGUCUUAAAUUUUUAUCUACCAUAACCCAAUAAUAAACACCAGCGUUUCCCAUUUUCCGGGUCACGACCAUCAAAAUAAAAUAUUAGGUAGCGACAUUCCCGCCUUGUUUUUAAAAAAAGACCUUAGGAUUUUUUUAUAUGAAAAUAAGGGGCGAGACGAGCAGGACGUUCAGCUGAUGGUAUUGAUACGCUCUGCCCAUUACAAUGCAGCGUCGCUCAAGAUUAUUGGAAAUCCCAAAAAUUCUGAGCGGCAUUACAACUGCGCUCGUCUCCUUGACACAUAAGAUUUUAAGUCUCGUUUGCCCAGUAAUUUCACUAGCUACGACGCCCUUCAGACCGAAACACAGUAAUGCUCACACAUUACUGUUUAGUGGCAGAAAAAGGCGCCGUUAUGGUACCCAUAAUUUAUCCCGCAUCCUGUGCAAAGGAGCCUCCCACUGGAUAAAUCUGUCGUCAUUUUCUGCGAACUUGAAUGCUUUUGUAGAAAAUAAGCAGGAGUCCUACUAGUUUGCACUAAAAUUUAGUGGCUAAAGCGAUACCAAAUUAUAAUUUAUUAUACCUUAUGGAUGAUUAUUAUUUUACCUAAUGGAACCAGCUUGGGUUUAAAAGUAUAAAGUGGGUCUAGAAGUGGCAGUGUGAAAAUUACUGGACCACAGAACUUACAAGAACAGUCUUUGGGAGACACUUGUUAUACACUCAUAUAUAAUUGUAUUCCACAAUUUAUAAAAUUCUUAACUUUACAUCGUAGACACGCUUUCGGAACAUGUUCCAUAGUGACAAAAUAAAAGUUCUUAUUAUAAAAAGGGUUUUAUCACAUAACAGCGAUACAAUUCUAAAAUUUGAUUAAUGUAAUUUGACUCAUAUUUGUUUAAUUUGUAUGGUUAAUACCGUUUUAUGAAACUUAUUUAACAAGAAAGUAUGCACAUUUAUAAGGAUGCGACAAAGGCGAUGUAAAUACUACGUAAUAAGAGGCGGGAUUGCCUAAGUAAAAAUUGAAAUUUAGUUGUUAGUAUGAAACGUGCAGUGAGGCGAUUGGCGACGAAGUAAUUAUACUUUAUUCUACCGAGUAAGUUUGAAAGCGAAGAAAUGCUUAAAAAGUAGAGGAAUACUGCUAUCUCCGUUUUUUUAUAAGAUUAUAGCCGUCAAUCUAUCAAUGACUGCACGUUUCAUACAAUCGAGUGAAUCGCUUUUUUCUUAGAGAGUUUCGCUAGGCUGGGAUGCGACUGCUCAAAUUAAUAAAGCUCCUUAGUUGAGGCGAUUUAGUGGCUAAAUUUAUUUAUAAAAAAUAAAUCUUAGUAAUCAUGCUUUUUACCUUAACGUUACCUGCACGGUAGGAAUUGCCAGUGUUGCCAUACCAUCGCUUUAUUUGAUACAUUGUCGUGCUUUUUAUAAUGUGUUGUCAAUUUUUGAUCCGGUUGUGAGUAAUGUUUAGUUCUCUUUAAACAUGCGCCGACUGAAAUAAUAAUAGAACUAAGGAUAUUUUUUACAACAGACCUAGACAAUACCGUCCAUAGACAAAUCGUAUUUAUUUGUACAAAAUGUUUAUAUAUACUCAUUGAUUUAUUUAACGCAGCCAUAUUAGAUUUAGUGAUGACGUCACGGUCUUAGAUUUGGGUUGACAUUGGUAUAACGUGAUAGUGUCAUUAUUGUUAACUGUUGCCAUAUUUGACAUAAUGUCUUUCAAACGUAAAUUAAACCGAUUAAAAACUUUUAAAUAAAGUUACGUAUUCAAGAUAAGAUAUAUUCUUAUAUAAAUUAUUAAUUAUUCUUAGUUGUUUUUCUGUAAAUAAACUUAAUACAAAACUAAGGAAAAAAAAACAGUCGCAAUGAUUUUUAACGUGAUAGUUAAAUAAUUAAACGAACUCUGUGACGUUCAAAAUGGCGACCCACAUCUGCGAUCAGCUGACGACAACGAUUAAGUUAUACGAGAAUGUAUACCCGUAAUCAAAGUGUAUACGCGCGAGAAAGUUCUAAUUAGAUUUAAAUUUAUUGACAUGACAGUAUUCGAUAGGUAAUAAGUGUCACGUUUUAAUAUAGGGCGUUUUAAAAUAGGUACAGUAUUCUGUGUGUUGUCUGUGGUCUUGAGUGGCUGAAUGGUCAUGUGGUCAAAAAGUGAUAAAAAAAUCUAAUAUGUAAUUCUUUAUUCCGUUACUAUAUUGGAAGACUAAACGUUUUGAAUAUAGAACUGUUUGAAUUUAUUUUUAUUUUUGAAUAACGAGUACCACCGUUGUAUAUUUUAUAAUAUCGUACACGUCUUAAAAUAUGUAUCAAAAUGCGUAAGACUAUAGAGAUAUGGGCCUUAUUGCUAUUUAAAUAGCGGUGUCAUGAAAAAACGUUGUUUUAGCGCUCAUAAGGUUCUUUAUACGCUCUGAUGGCAAUGGCCUUAAGCUAUUCAUCCAUACUCAAAACCACAGACAACUAUAAAUAAAUAUCGAUUUGUUAUAUCCUCGUAUACGUUUUCGCUAUUAAAUUAAAACGCUUAGAUCUUCCAUUACUUCAAAUUGAACUGUAAUAUUAGUGUAAGAGAAGAUAUUUUUGUUAAUUAAUAUUUAUACGGCAUAAUUUUAUAGUUUUUACAAUGUUUGGUUGGUAUUCGUGAUAAGUUAUGCUGUGAAAAGACACGCUUUAGUUAUAUAGGGUGUAGUCGACUUAAUGAAUUUUGCUGAAAGAUUUUGCUGUGGCUAUUAUUAAAAGAAAAAAAAAGAAGAAAAAGAAAAGGCGUGGUUUUUUAAUGCUGGUCGAUAUCAAUGUGAUAGUGAAUGAUAUUAAAAACAUUUAUAUCCAGAUAAUUAAAAAAUAUAUUAUCGCUGAUAAAGGUAAACAAAUUGAAAAAAAAAUUAUGUAUGAAAUUAUUUUUUGACUAACAAAAAUGAAAUCAUGUGGCAGUUAAAAUUAUACAUUAAUUCAUAUUUUGGUUUAUUUUUAUGUUUUCUCAGCAUAUUUAUUUUUAAUAUCAUUGACUAUUGUACACAGUGUAGUAGAAGAAUAUGAAUAACAAGCAAUAUUUGUAUGAGAGAUGAUUUUAAACAAUUUAAAUGUACAUAAAAUGUGUACACGCUGUAUAAAGCAAAAGGUGAAUGACCGCAACGGGUGGAAUUGAAGUGUUUUUUUAAACAGUAAUGUCAAUGAAGAGUAUUAUUUAGCUUCAUAAUAAAAUCGGUGAAUAAAUACCAAAUAACAUUGAUACAAACUUUUACUACAGAAUGUGAUUUUAUUGUUGCCAUUGCUUUAGUGACAGUUUCAAAAUUGUGUUGCCAUAUUAAAUGAAUGUAUUUUAAACUAGGUUAUGUCAUAGUUAUACAACGGAACGGAUAUACGUAAAGAAUGUGAAAUAAAUUUUUAUAUAUUUAAAUUUGACUUCUAGUUAGGUGUAUAAUUGUAUUUUAACUAUUUUAAUCGUGUCUUAUUAUUGACACAAAAGUCCGUUUAGUAUACUAUAGGUGUAGCUUCUUUAGACAUUUUGAUAGAUUGUUAAUGUAUUAUAAAUCGCAUAAAGUUUUACUAGUCAAUACGCUAUGUACUUUUGUACGGAAACGACGCGCUGUUGUUGGAUUUGUCAAAUUAGCACUUAUUAAGAGGGAUAUACGGUGCGAUGUUGCUUGAGCGAGCGAUUAGGUCAAUGACCGUUGUCGGCGUUUGGGAAGUUUUGUAUUGGAUAAGUAUGUAUUGUAUGAUUGUUGUCUUUUUUAUAAUACGAUGAAAACUUAUUUUAAAUAUAAGUAAUCAUAAAAAGGUAAAUUUAAUUUAUCGAGGAUUUAAUAUAAUUUGAAGAUUCAUUUUAUUGAUAUACACCGGUGUUUAAGACUAACGAAAAAAUUGGUUGUCUGUGAAGUCGGUUUAUAGACGAUAACCUCACGUGAUAACGUCAUAAGAAAACACCUUUUUAUACAUUUUUAAGAGUCAUGAUAAUGUUUAGUUCAAAGUUGUAACAUAACAUACCGACCGAUGCUACUUUUUUUUAAAUAAUAAAAGAAUUAGUUGCGUCGGAAGCCGAACGCUUAGGUCGAUUGUGCCUCUCUAUAACUUGUUCGCUUAUUUCAUUCACAAUUUUAGGCGCCCGGUCUGCAUUUUAUAUUGUAUGUGAGUAUUAAUGUCAAUAAUUAUAGGUAGGAUUUUUGAAAUGUUUCAUGUAAGUCUGUUAUUUUACCCUGCGAAAACACUAUUCUAAUUAAUUAAAAAAAAAUGUGUGUGUACCAGAAUACACAGAUAAGAACUCAAACUUCUCUGCGACAUAUAAUUUUUGUGCUAUUUAACUUCACAGAAUUUGGGUAAGUAAAGCUUAAGAAACAAAAACGUAUUAAAUUAAAUGUAUUUUACUAUAUGACAUGCAUACAAAUAAGUCUUUUUAUUUUAUCACUUUUAAACUCAUAUAUCUCUACGUCACUAUACAGAACCUGAUAAAAAACAACAUGGCGCGUAACCGAAAGUCGUGACGACAUUGCUAUAAAAUUUCUCUCAUACGGCGAGAAGAAUCACUUCAAAAAAAUGUAUUUGAUAUUUUAAAACACUAGACAAUACAAAACAUACACAAUACUUUAAUCCUUGUCUGUGGUUUAUCUAUAGGGUUGUAUAGUUUAACAAUAAUGUGCGAUAGACGUAGACGAAUGUGAUACAAGAUCUUAUUAUUAAUGAUAGCCGUGCAAAAUUGACAAAUGUAGCGACAGUUUCCUCUUGUACAGAUUGCUGAAAAUAUAAUCGUUUUCGCAUGCC